CCGCCCGGGCCAUGGCCGCCGGCUGGGCCCCGCCGGGCGGCGCGCCGCAGUGAGGCGAGGAUGUGCGAGAGCUACUCGCGCUGGCUGCUGCGCGUGUCGGUGGCGCAGGUGUGCCAGGCGCUGGGCUGGGACUCGGUGCAGGCCUCCGCCUGCGACCUCCUCACCGACGUCCUCCAGCGCUACCUGCACGGCCUGGGCCGCGGCUGCCGGCGCUACUGCGAGCUCUAUGGUCGGACAGAUCCAAUUUUGGAGGACGUCGAGGAUGCCUUCAAGCUUAUGGGGGUCAGCCUGCAUGAACUGGAAGAUUACAUACUCAAUAUUGAGCCAGUCACUUUUGCGCAUCAAAUCCCCUCGUUCCCCGUCAGCAAGAAUAAUGUCUUGCAGUUCCCCCAGCCGGGAAGCAAAGAUGCAGAAGAGAGGAAAGAGUACAUUCCUGAUUACAUGCCGCCCAUUGUCUCUUCUCAAGAAGAGGAAGAGGAAGAGCAGGAACCAACCGAUGGAGGAACGUCAGCAGAAGCCAUGCAGGUACCUUUGGAAGAGGACGGCGAGAUGGAAGAAGACGAGGCUGUCAAUGAUGAAAAUUACCUAAGCAAGAGACCGCUAGAGAGUCCUGAAUCUGAGGAGAUGCCCGCCAUGAAGCGGCCAAGACUAGCCAGCAUCAAAGUCGAAGAUGGGACUCUGGAGCCCCGUGAGCCUCUUAGUUCAAUAAAUGCCCAGAAGAUACCGCCAAUGCUCUCCCCAGUUUGCGUCCAGGACAAUGCUGAUCUGGUUCCUCUCUCUCCAGAACCACCUGUAUUGGCUCCCAUUUCAAAAUCCCAGUUGCCGGUUCCCAAACCACUGGAGCCAAAAGCAUUUGUGCCUAAAGCAAAGGGGAAAACAAGCUCUCCGGGUCAGAAAACUAAAACGCCCAAAGUUUCUCCAUCCCCAGCAGUAAUGGGAAGCCCCCUUCGCUCGCCAAAGAGUGGAUCCAAAGAGAAGAAGUCACCAGGCCGGUCCAAGAGCCCCAGAAGCCCUAAGAGUCCAAAGGUUCCAGCUCACGUUCCUCCGGUGGCAAUUAAACAAGAGGCGCCAAGUAGGACCCCUUUAGCAACAUUAAGUGAAAAGAUAGGGAAGGAGAAUGUCCAGGUAAAACAAGGGCCAGCCCCAGUCGACCCUGGGAAACCAAACAGUGAAAAUCCAACAAAGAAAGUGGCCGUGGUCGACAAGACAAUUGAUGAUUCCAUUGACGCUGUAAUUGCCCGUGCAUGUGCCGAACGGGAUCCUGAUCCAUUUGAGUUUUCUUCGGGAUCGGAAUCAGAGGGGGAUAUUUUUACCAGCCCGAAAAGACUUUCUGUGUCCGAGACUACAACACCUAAAGUUUCUGUUUUGGCCAACAGUAGUUUAAAUAAGGCAGGAGGCACCCCAGUUCCUCCCUCUGGUGGAACUUCAAGCUCAGACAUUUCGUGGACAAUGGAUCACUCGAUCAACGAGGUCAUUCGGAAGGCGAACAUGGGAGCUCCUGCUAAUUUGCCGGCCAACUUCUCUUAUUUCUCGUCUCCUUCUGCUUCUCCCCCAACUCCCGAGCCCCUGCUGAAGGUUUACGAGGAGAAAACUAAGCUGGCUUCGUCGGGAGAAGUGAAAAAGAAGCUGAAGAAAGAGAUGAAAACAAAAAUAAAAAAGAAGGAGAAGCAGAAGGAGAAGAACAAAGAGAAGAACAAAGAGAAGAACAAAGAGAAAGACAAGGAAGGCGGCAAAGAAGGCAAGUGUUCCUGGAAGGAUCUGAUGCGAGAUGAAGAUCUGGAUCCCUACAAAUUUAAAAUUAAGGACUUUGACGAUGAAACGAAAGUGAAGCUAAAAGAGGGUGGGACCAAAAAAGAGCGGGAGAAGCAUAAAGAUAAGAAGAAAGAUAAGGAGAAGAACAAGAAGGAUAAAGAGAAGAAAGAGAAAGGCAAAGACAAAAACAAAGACAAGAUGAAAGCAUCUUCGGCUCCGCUCCUCCUGCCGUCCAAAGAUUUUCCGUUGCCCUUGUUCAGCACCCCGGCUGCCCUGAAGCUCCCCUCCAUGCUUCCCCCCCUCUCGUCGAUGCUUCCUGAAAAACUGUUUGAGGAAAAAGAGAAGCCGAAAGAGAAGAAGAAAGACAAAAAGGAGAAGAAGAAGAAGAAGGAGCGGGAGAAGGAAAAGGAGAAGAAGGAGAAGGAAAAGGAGAAGAAGGAGAAGGAAAAGGAGAAGAAGGAGAAGGAGAAAGAGAAGCACAAGCACGAAAAAGUGAGUUGUGGGCAUCGGCUGGAAUCAAACCCGGUGCAGAUCAAAGUAGAGCCUGUUGUUCCCGCACCAUCUCCAGUAAUUCCCAGGCUGACGCUGAGAGUGGGGGCUGGUCAGGACAAGAUCGUCAUCAGCAAAGUGGUCUCGACGCCGGAGGCUAAGCCCGCCCCUCUUUUGGCUCGACCCAAAACGCCACCGCCUCCCCCGUCUCCGGCACCGGUUCCUCUCCACGUACCCCCUCCUCCUCCUCCAGUCAUUGCCGUGCUGCCUCCGGCCACCAUUUCCCCAGCUCUGAUUCCUCCUCCAUCUCCUGCGAUGUCUGCUGCUGGAGGCUCCAAAGCCCCCGUUCGGAGCGUGGUGACGGAAACCGUCAGCAAUUACGUGAUCCGAGACGAGUGGGGCAACAAGAUCUGGAUCUGCCCUGGCUGCGAGAAGCCCGACGACGGCAGCCCGAUGAUCGGCUGUGACGACUGCGACGACUGGUAUCACUGGCUUUGCGUUGGAAUUACGGCGGCUCCCCCCGAAGAAAUGCAGUGGUUCUGCUCCAGGUGCGCCAGCAAGAAGAAAGAUAAAAAACACAAGAAGUGGAAACACAAAGGCCACUGAAGUCAUUCUGCGGAGAUUUCCUGGACUGUCACUUCAGCACUUCUGCCCCG